AUGGCUAGUUUAAAAUCAACAAUAUUGUCUUCCGUACUCGUAUCACUGCUCUUCGCUUCCCAUGGAGCAGCAGUACCAAAGCCAUCGUCCUGCAAUGCGGACGCGCGUCCCUACUCAGCCUGGAUGGCCGAUAGUGUCAUCUCUCGCGGACAGGCCGUCUUGCCUCCGGGAACAACACCCGAGGCAGCGACCUUUCUCCAGAUAGGUGUUUUUCAAAACGCCAUUCUGCGUGUGAAGGAGUAUUAUGGUUCCCUGGAAAGCGCGUGCGCACAGGCCGAUUGGGACGCGUACCUGGAAGAAAGUACGCAAAGCGUCACUCCUUGGCUUCUAAACGCCACCAAGGAUACUCAAUAUCCUUUGGAUCGCUUUUCGGAUGGCAAUGGUCUGUUUUACCAAUAUGACAGAACGGCAAACGAAACCUAUAAGGCAGCGCUGGAUGCAUUGCAGCAGUCUAUCUAUAUGCAACCUAGAAAUCAAUAUGGAGGUUACUGGUAUUUCAAGUACCCAAAUUGGAGUUAUCUUGAUGGGAUGUACUCGCUCGUCCCCUUCUAUUCCACCUACACAGCCAACUUCGCGGCAGAGAAUAGUAGUGCCGUAGGACAGGAUCUUGUCUACCAGCUCGAUCUCCUCUGGUCCCAUUGUCGCCAGAACAACACCGGCCUAUUGGUCCAUGGCUAUGACGCAUCGAAAACGGCUGUCUGGGCGAACCCGGUCACGGGGGGGAGUCCAAUUGUGUGGAUUCGUUCUUUGGGCUGGUAUAUGAUGGCCUUGGUAGACAUUCUGGAGAUCUCCGGCCAGCAAGGUGUCCUGAAUCAGGAGCAGUGGAACCAUGUCCACGAACGAUUCGUUAGCCUUUCUAAUGCAGUCAUGGCGGCGGCUGACCCAGAGACUGGUUGCUGGUGGCAAGUCAUGACAGAUCCAAACAGAGAGGGCAAUUACAUCGAGUCUAGCGGAUCAGCAAUGUUCAUAUAUGCGCUCUACAAGGGUGCGCGACUCGGCUAUUUGGACGGUAUCACUGCGAAAGCCUUGCUGCCAACAGCCCUCGCAAGCAAAUGCUAUGGCCAUCUUCUCCAGGACUUCGUGGUCGACAACAAGAACGGAACACUGGGCUAUAAUGGCACGGUAUCCGUCUGUAGUCUGAGCUCGAAUGCAACCUAUGAGUAUUACGUCCAUCAGCCCCUUCUUUACAACAGCUUACAUGGUUCUUCCUCCUUUGUCCUCGCGAGCGUGGAGCACGAGCAUGCUACUGAUUUGUCCAGUAAUUAG